UUUAGGCUGCAUACUGGGAAGAGGUUCUUCCCCGAGAGGGUGGUUUGGCAGUGGAACAGGCUCACCAGGGAGGUGCUCACAGCACCAGCGCUAAAGAGAUGUUUGGUCAAUGCUCUCGGGCACAUGGUGUGAUUCUUGGGGCUGUCUUGUGCAGAGUCAGGAGCUGGACUCCAUCCUAUUGGGUCCCUUCCAACUCAGGAUAUUCUAUGAUUCUAUGAUUUUGUAACCAGUAGAGUUAUAGUACGGUACUAACAGGCAUUUUAGAUGGAUAAGACUCCCUGGCUGCAGAGCUACUAGGGCUUUUUUCCCUUCAAUACAGCGAAUGGCAGAGAAGAAACUGAGGAGCCUUUGAGUCCUUCGCAUUGCCGGGCGGCCCCGCGCCGCAGGAGCACAGCGCGCUCGCCCCGUGCCUGGCCGCUUCCCUUUGCCCGGCAGCCGCGACGCCCCCGCGCUGCUCUGCAGGGGCACAUGACCGCAGCCGACCCGCAGCCGGUGCUCCGGCGGCCGUGCCCCGAGCGCCGCCCGCCCGCCCGCCGCACCAGUAAGUGUGGACGUCUCUGUAAGUGUGAGAGAAUUAUGGUGGCGUUUAAAGGAGUCUGGACUCAGCCCUUCUGGAAAGCCGUUUCGGCAGAAUUUUUGGCCAUGCUCAUUUUUGUCCUCCUCAGCCUCGGCUCCACGAUCAACUGGGGUGGAGCAGAGAAGCCCCUGCCUGUAGACAUGGUCCUUAUCUCCCUCUGCUUUGGACUCAGCAUUGCCACCAUGGUGCAGUGCUUUGGACACAUCAGCGGAGGCCACAUCAACCCUGCUGUGACCGUGGCAAUGGUCUGCACGAGGAAGAUCAGCCUGGCCAAGUCCGUCUUCUACAUUCUUGCCCAGUGCCUGGGAGCCAUCGUGGGCGCAGGCAUCCUUUACCUUGUCACACCACCCAGCGUGGUGGGAGGCCUGGGAGUCACUGCGGUACACAGAGAUCUUUCUGCUGGGCAUGGUCUCCUGGUGGAGUUGAUAAUUACAUUCCAGCUGGUUUUUACUAUUUUUGCUAGCUGUGAUUCAAAACGAAGUGAUGUCACUGGUUCAGUAGCUUUAGCAAUUGGAUUUUCUGUUGCAAUUGGACAUUUAUUUGCUAUCAAUUACACCGGUGCCAGUAUGAACCCAGCUCGAUCAUUUGGACCUGCUGUCAUUAUGGGCAGAUGGGAAAACCAAUGGGUGUACUGGGUGGGACCGAUAAUCGGAGCAGUCCUUGCGGGUGCUCUGUAUGAGUACGUCUAUUGCCCAGACGUUGAACUCAAGCGCCGCUUCAAAGACGUCUUCGGUAAGGCCACCCAGCCUUCCAAGGGGAAGUACAUCGAGGUGGACGACAACAGGAGCCACGUAGAGACCGAUGACCUGAUCCUGAAGCCUGGCAUAGUUCAUGUGAUUGAUAUUGACAGGGGCGAGGACAAGAAGGGAAGAGAUCCAUCCAGCGAGGUGUUGUCUUCCGUAUGACUAGCAAGGAGCACUGAAAGCAGAGAGCAGCCUGCUAGCACGUCCACAGAUAUCCUUCCACCCAUUAAAGAAACAGAUCUCCUCUAGACUGAGCAUCUUCCACUUCUUGAAAGGUAUGGUGUGGGCAGCUGCAUGGAGUGGUGUCACCAAACCAUAUGCCUGCUCAGUUGGAAGAUUAGGACUUUGCUAUAAUUAGGAUUCCCCAUCUAUUAUUCCAAAUUUAGACUUGUUCCUAGUAUUUUCCUUUACUUCCUUCUGGAGCAACCCCAAAGUCAAAAAAAGAGAUGAAAGCAUUCUCCUUUAAUAAAUCAGUCAAUAAUGAGAUGAAGAUAGAGAUGUGUAGCAUUCAGAUUGACAGUUAAGACAUAUCAGGAAAUGCCUAUAGACAUGAAGACCUACUUAUCAGAUUGUUCUUCUGACACUUAAUUGGCUGUUGUCAGCUCUGAUUAUAACAUCUUACCCACAAAGCGUUCUCUGCGAGGUUCAGAGACAGCACCAGCACUAUUUAAGAGUUUUAUCCACAGUCAAGCAAAGGAGUAUUGUUUCCACUCAUGUACAUCACUACUGCCUUGCAAACUACCUCUGAAAAAAUGAUACUUUAAAAGGCUUUUAAAAAAUAUUCUGUCAACCCAUCAAAUUUCACUCACGUGAUUUGCCGUAUAAAUACAUUACCUUCAUCCCCAAGAGUAAAUGUGCUGAAAUGGAAUGUUGAAUUGUACAGUAAUAAGGCUGCAAAACAGUUGAUAGUACUUCAUGCUCCCUCUUGUCAUUGUCUAUCUGGUGAAACAUUCUCCUGGGGUUUGACUAUUGACCAUUUAGUGUUAGCAGACUCUCAAGGUCAUGCAAAGAAUAUAAAGGCUUUCCUGUUACUUAAUAACUCAAAUAAGAGAUAUCAGAAGAAAAGAAGGCAUAUCUGUUUUCAGUGCACUUGUUUGAAUACACAUUUCUGUGCUAAUUUAUGUAAACUAAAGGUUUAAAUUACUUACCUAUUUUCUUAUGAGAUGGUUUGAGAUAGGGUUUUUUUAAUUUAUUAGUAAUGUAGAGGAGUUUCAACUUUUAACUGUAUUGAGAUACUGAUUGAGAAAUAUUUUUUUAUAACAGGUGAUAAAAAUAUGACUGCUUCUGGCUUUUUGUUGUAACUGAUGCCUAACUAUUUGAACAGCAUCCCUGCUUGUUCCAGUGUUCAUAUAGUCAUAAACUACACCUCUGGCAAAGGUUUCUUUAUCUGUUGUUAGAAAAAGGUUCAAGUGCUUGCAGGGUGUUUUAGGGGGAAAAGGACAUGAAAUAUGUUUGAUAAACAGUCUUUCCCCUAUAGAAGUAUUUUGCAAGACAUAAUCACCCCAGCAGAACAUUUCUGUAAAGCUGUUACUGACUUACUGCUUUUGUUUCUGAUCAGUGGCUUUGAGUUUUACAAUAUGCAGCUGCAGAGCAGUCAGGAGCAUGGUAUUAUUACUGUAAUUAUGUAGUUUUUAUUUUUAAAUUGAAAAUCUACCCCUGCUUAUUUUGCAAUGAGAGGAAAAAAAGUAUUAGUCCUGACUGUGGGCUGUAUUAGCCUCGUCUGUUCUUUGACAUACUCUACAUGCAAUCUUUAUUACAGGGAAUUAGAUGUUUCUAAUGAGAUAAUAAACCACUACAACCCUCAAAUCUAUGCACUAUGAUCCAAUGGCAGUUCCAGUAUCCCAGCUUGCAGCACUGUAUAAUCCCAGCAUGUCCUUUUUCAAGUUUCACAUUCUUUUUGUCUUAAACCCUGUUACUGUGGCACAAGUUCCCUGCACUGAGCAUGAGAUUCGUGACUCCUUCAUGCAUUGGCAGAUGGACCAUGACCUCUCCCCUGCUGCACCCAGGCACAGCAGGUAGCACACAGGGGCACAGAACAGGGCUUCCUCGUGUCACCCAGGGACAGCCCCACUCCUGACACAUGAGCCCUCCCACCAGACGCUCCCUGUCACGUACCUGUUGCAGCGUUGCAGCAGGAGUCUGGUGAAACAGCUGAUAUCUGUCCUUGGCUGUGCCUCAACAGUGGCAGCAUCACAGUUCAAGGGCAGGAGCAUGGCUGGGGGCCUGCAAUAGACAAAUCUGCAGAUAAGAGCUCCUUCCCACAGCAAGGACUAAAUCUCCCAAGGAAGGGCAACACAGGCAUGGUGUUAGACCUCUGCUCAGAUGGAUAAAUACCAUGAUAAAGAGAUUCAGUGAGAAAGAUCAAAACUUGUUGGGAGAUUUGUCUAGGCACUUAGUUGGGCAUUAUUUUUAAUAUAUAGUUCCAAUCCUGUAUUUGUUAAAUGGACGCUUUGGUUAAACCUUUGGCAUGGCUUGAAAAGGUAAAGAGUAGAAUUGGUGGAUUUUUAAGCAAAGGUUUGCUUUUUUUGUAUUUAAAGACACCCCUUAAUUUGUGAAUUUUGCAUGUUACUGUGUUAUUUAAGUAGGAAGCUGUGAUUUGUUUUAUGCUUAAGGGUCCUUUACACAAAUGGUUUGAUGUGUGCUUUCCUCACCCAGCCUGAUUCUGCUGCUGAGGUGAGCAUAAAUGUGAGCAUAGCACUAGCCACCUCUGUUAGGAGGAUCUUUUUCCUGAAACACUUUGUAUUAAUGAAGUGUGGCAAACACUCAGAACCAGUCCCAGAACCAGCAGAACUCCUUAUUGAGGAUAAGAUCUGAGACUUCUGAAAAGAUCAGGGAAGAAAAGGGAAGCUAAAAUAGAGACCACCAGACAAUAAAGGUUGAUGCCAUGCAAUUAGACAUUAGCCAGAAAGCAGUGUGUGGUAGGUCUGCUCCUGAUCCCACAGACUGAGACUCAUGGGGGAAUUUGUCAUCGACUACAGUGGCAAUGAUCCUGAGCUUUUUUGGGGCCUGAUGGCUUCUCUCACAGACUUCACUGUGUUUUUUCUAAAAUCAGAGGCUUUCAGCAAGAUACUUAAUUUUGGAAGAAGAUGUAUUCAACUUGAGGUUUAUGACCCACCCUAAAGUAAAUCCUCAAGCGUGGCUGUAAUCACAGGCAGUUCUGCCCCACCACAAGAGAUCAUUCAUAUAAGGGAACAUCAGUCUUCAGCAUCUAUUAGGACUUGGUUUAGCACAGGGAUAUGUGCUCCUCUAAGCUGUUUUGCAAUGGUGUCAUCACUGUACAAUAGUCACAUUUGAUUAAAUAAUAGACUAGCAUGACCUUUUUAUGGAUUUGAAAUACUUUUGCUUUAGUAUUUUUUUAAGAUAUGUACUUUGAUCCUGUUUGAGUGAGAUUUGUGUUCUAAAGCUCUUCAGCUCUAUACUGCACCUCAUAACAUACUUGAUGUCCUCUUAAAACUUUUCUUGCUUUUGGUGGGAAAUGGUUUUUUGUUGUCACAGGAAGUCUGCCAGGUCUGUCAUCGUUUUGGGGCCCCAAAAAAUUGGAUGAGUCUCACUCCUCCAUGAUGGCACAAUUGUUUUCAAUGCUGUAUUUGCACUUUAACAAUCACCUUCAUAAUAUUAAGUCCCUGGGUUUCAGAAAAUAAAGCAUGGAAGCUAAGGGUGAUUCCAUUGAAGCACACAGAUACCUUUUCGAUUGUGUGUACUCUGUGGAGUUCAUCACCCAAAUUCUAACUAUUCUCAGGAAAAAAAAAUAAAAAGAAACCCUACAGCAUACAAGUUGUCAUCAUAACCCUUCUGUUGAAGUGAUCCACCUUUCAGUGGAAGUGAAGGAGUGAGAUUCAUCUCACGCAGUGUUUAGGCUUGUCACGUGUAUUUGCAUAUCAGAUUUUCAAAAUGUGCUCUAUUUCUGAUUAUUAAAAAUUGCCAUAGUAUGUGCUUAGAAAUCUAGGUGGCCAUCUACCUUUCUAGUACUUGAUGGCAGAGCAGUUGCUGCUGUGCUCUGAAACAUCUUAUCUGCUGUCUGUGUAACACCUUCAGGAUAUUAUACACCAUCCAAUAUUUUAAUCUAAUUAAAAUAUGUGAGAAUUUACAUUGUGAGUCUUUCUAUUCAAGGUGAGAGGUGAAAACACCAUGCACAAUUUUUUGUAUCUCAAUUCAGCCUGUGUGUAACUGAGUUUUUCAAGGACUUUCUAAGUAGACAAUAUGUAAAUAUAGACUGAAGGAUUUGCUACCCACUUGUAUGAUCUAAGUCACCCUGUUGCAGUCUGAAAUUCAGGACAAAUGAGGUAAAACAAACUGUGUACAUGGAUUUUUCCACAAGACUGCUUAUUGUUUAAAUGCUUAGUCACCAUGAUAUCAGAACUAAUGUAAUAGGACUUAAAAUUUCCAUGUAUAAUAUUUGGAAUAAUCUACUGAAAAAUACACUAUAAAAUAAUAAUACAUGAUUAUCUGGUUCCCACAUGUAUUCUACUGUAUCUCACACUACUGUUGGAAAUAAAUAUGUGU